ACAAUAAAAUACGCGUUUAUAAUAAAAUAGACUUAUUUGAUAUCAUUUUAAUUAUUGUCAGAAUGACCUGAGUGAAUGUGAGAUGUCGGACAUUUACAGUUACGAUAAGUAUACAUGAAAGAGGCUUAGCAAAUAGGUAAUAAAAGAGGUAAUAUAUUUUAUGACAUUACGUUCUCAAUACGUCCUGAUAAGACAUACAUAACUCUAAGUAUAAUUACAUUUGUAUAUCAAAAUAAACAUAAUAGAUACCAUCCUUGUUGUAAUGACGCUUAUCAUUUUUAUUUAUAAGAUAAAUUAGAUAACUAACAAUCGCAAAUUCCCAAGAUAAUAUGUAGCUCAUAUUCAUUUAACGGUUCGCACCGUACGCACUGACUAUUAAUAAUUAAAUAAAAAUAUAACAAUGUUCAACAACAAAGUAGUGAUAGUAACGGGUGCAAGCUCAGGUAUUGGAGCAGCAGUGGCGCUACUUUUUGCCAAAGAAGGUGCCAAUGUAGCAAUUGUUGCCAGAAAUCAUGCUAAACUUACCGACAUUGGGAAGAAAAUCGAAGCAACAGGCAUGAAACCAGUCAUCAUCCAAGCUGAUAUCUCCAACGAUUCUGAAGCUGCAACUGUCAUCUCAAAAACCAUCGACAAUUUUGGAAAGCUGGAUAUACUUGUCAACAAUGCUGGCAUUAGUUCACCAGGAUCUAUUAUGAACGGCAAAAUUUUAGAAGCGUACGAUGAAGUAAUGAAGACUAAUGUCCGAGCUGUGAUCCAUCUUACAAGCGUAGCUACUCCGUAUUUAGCUAAGACUAAAGGAAAUAUAAUAAAUAUUUCAAGCGCAGCAGCAUUUAGACCAAGCAAAGAACCAACGAGCUCACCAUAUUACAUAUCAAAAGCAGCUUUAGAUCAUUUUUCAAGAUGCGCAGCUUUAGAAUUAGCUUCGCAAGGAAUCAGAGUGAAUACAGUAAAUCCUGGACCAGUAGACAACGAUUUUUUUACUAACAACGGUGGGGAAAAUAGUCGUAAAAGUGAUAUUAAAAAAAUUAUGCAAGAAUUUACUGCUCUUGGUUAUCUUUCCACGAAUGAAGAGAUAGGAGAUGUGAUAUUGUUUUUAGCUAGUGAUAAAGCUAAAAGUGUUACUGGAUCUAGCUAUUCUAUUGAUAACGGUAUUCUUUUAAAGUAUUAAUUAAAUGCAAAUAUAAACAGUGCAAAAAAGUUAGGGAACAAAUAUUAUAAAAUAUUGUGUGUAAUAAUUUAACUUACAUAUAACAAGUAUGUUGACGUAAACUGUAAAUUUAUAUAUGGUAGGAAAAAAACGAUAAAAAAUGGAAGUGACAAUAUAGGUUA